AUGGAAAUAUUUUUAAAGUGUAAUAUUUUAUGUAUCAUAACUACAAUGAUAGUUGAUAAUGCAUAUUCAAAAGGAUAUUGGGAACAAAAAGCAUCAGUCUUUCAACAUUCCAAUAAUGCGAAAAAUCAGUGCAUAUUCCCUUCGGUCCAUAGACGUAAAGCUAUUUAUGAAUGUCAACAUAUACAGGUUUCUCCACCAAAUGAGGAAGGUGGUAAUCAACUGACGAUGAAGAUAGAAUCCAAAUGGUGGUGCCCAUUAACAGACAAUUUUGAUCAUUAUCCUGAAUGGCAAAGUUGCCCAGAGACAGCAUCUACUUAUGGUGGUAAUGAUCCUGGAAAACAAUGUCAUUUCCCAUUUGUCUAUCGCAAACGCUUGUAUUCCACAUGUAUUCGAGCCGGUGGCAGUUUGCAUUAUGAGAAUUCAAAUGAUCCUGUCCCAACAGACAAUGGCGAGAGUGGUUAUUGGUGGUGUUCUACAACACCAGACUUUGAUUUUGACGGUAAAUGGACAAAAUGUCGACCACAGUUAGCCUAUCAGUUACCAUGUUAUUUUUCAAGUAUGCUGAACAAUGUCGGUGGUCUUGUACAGCAUAGUCAACAUGAAUGUCAACCAUUUGCUGGACACUGGAUAUGUCAUACUGAAUUAAAUCAAAUACGUCAAUGUCCUAAAACUGUACAGAAUCUUUACAAUAUAAAAACAGAAGGUGGAAAUGAUCCCGGGUUUCCGUGUCACUUUCCGUUUCAAGCUACUAUUUCCUUACACAGAGAUGAGGGUCAAAGCGCGAAUAUUCCUGUGAGAAAACAAAAUUAUACUCGUUGUCUGCCUGGAAUCGGUGAGUCAGGAUCUUCACAACGAUUAUCAAUAUAUCCAACAUGGAUCGGUUAUUGGUGUGCAACUACAGACAAUUAUGAUAGAGAUAAGUUAUGGACUCGGUGUAAUGUUGACUUGACACAACCAGAGCAUCUUUCCUUUAUUCCAUCGAAUAAAUAUGUACAGAAAUUUACACUGUCAGAAAUAUGGUCUAAGCUGAUGUGGUUAAGUGUCCUAAAAGAAAGUGAAAAAGUGAAAAUUGUUUUACCUAACCAGCUCUACGGAAAUGAUUUCUCUCAGUCUUUAAGUCAAUUAGAAUAUUUACAUGCAUCAUGGGAAUUACUUGAAAAACGUAAUGAUCAACACCGGCUAAUAACAAAGGAGUAUAAAACAUCUCAAGAAAUCAAUGAACUCAAUUGGUGGACGUGGUUAGCACCAUUCUGGUGGAUAACUUAUAAACUGAAUGAGACUUAUUCACCUGAUUCAGUUUUUCGUGAAACUGUUAUACACAGUAAACAUGUAAGCACAUUAAAUAUUGGUAAUAAUGAUAAAAAUCCAUUAGUUUAUGGUUUAAAAUUACCACUGUGGUUAGACGAUUGGAGUGAAUCAGCCUGGGAUAAUUAUGCAUUACAUAUGAAAAAUCGAUGGAUAAAUUUAAUUAAACAUUUAUAUCAUAAAUGGUUACAAUCGUGGUUAGUUGCGUUUUCAAUUGGUUUUAUAUCAGCUUUUGGUAUAAUUAUUUUUAUAUUACUGGUCAUCAUUUUAUUAGUGAAAAAAUCAAUACGUAUACAAAUGAUUAAUAGUGUUCUACGUUCAAAAUAUCAAUCCUAUGAUAAGAGUGAUUUUGGUGAGAAAUAUAAAAUAAAUGAUACUAUUAAUAAUAAUAGUAAUAAUAAUGGUACUAAUAAUGACAAAAAUAUUAUCAAUAAUGUUGACAGUCAAACAUUGUGUUCAGUUAAUGUUACAAAUAUUGAUGGAUUACAAAAGACACUCCAUUUAAUUCCACAUUGUCAUGCAUCAUUUAACACUUACAACGCAGAUAAUAUACCAGGCUGUAUAAAACAACUAACGCUAUCCAAUACAAAUGAUACAUUCAGCACAUCGAACUCUUUUCAUCAAUCAGUAAAAAUUUUUAAAGAAUUUGAGUCUACUGAACAUAAUCCUGAUCGUUUCUUGUUAUUAUCAUCAUCCCCGUCAUCAUCAACCUCGUUAUCAGUAUGUAGGCCGAUUAAGAAUUCACUACAGUCAAGAUGUUGUGAGUAUUCAUGGAAGAUGCCUAUUUACGAUACUACUGGAAUAGCAGAUACUACUGCUACUGCUCUUACUAGUAGUAGUAAUAAUAAUUUCAAAAGAAACUGUAUUCUAGAUACAACUAAUAACUAUUAUUUCAGUAGUAUUAUUAAAGAACAUAUCAAGUGUAUUUUAGAUGAAAUUGGUCAGUCUUUUAGUAAUGAAGGAAAGUUAAAUGAUUAUGAUGUUUCUAAGUGUAUGCAAAAUGUAUCUAGAAUUAUUGAUUUAUAUUUAAAUCAACAUUCUAAAUACUUUUGUAACGAUGAGAAGGAGCAUAUUGUCAACGCAUUGGAUUCACAUCAAGAAUUGGUAAAAUGCUGUUUAUAUACCAUUGGUGAUGUUGAUCACGAAUAUACAUGUUGCUGCCGUGACUAUCCAGAUCAUAAUGGUCGUCGCCGUCUCGAUCAACCUCCACGCUCACUUUAUUGUCAUCCUCAUGAUUACAGUACUCUUUCUUACUGUGAUAUUAAUUCAUCAAGGAAUAG